GUUCUAUACGAGUAUUUAUUGUUAUCAUCAGGUUGAAGUCAUCAAAAUACUUUGGUUCAUUUGUUGUGUUGUGAACUCAAGCAUAUCACACAACCUCUGACACACACAAACGGAGUCGACAUGAUGAGCAUGUAGCUGCAGUAGCCCGACUCCAUCAGUGUAUGGGGUUCUUUCUUCCACCUGGAUGACCGAGGAGCAUGCAGAGCCACACGGUGGCCGUGCUGGCCGCACUGUGGUUCUGUUUAGGCCGAUGCAACACCACUGACUAUUUGAUGACAGAGUGUGACAACGGAAAGCUGCUUGUAGAACGAGACCUACCAAGGGAUGCCAUCUACUGGGGCUGUCCCGCAUCUGCGUGGUUAGACUCCAAAAAGAGACUCUCCAGUGUCGACACAGUGUAUGAUCCCGAGCCCGCCAGGCAGGUCUGCAUGAAUGAACUCAUUUCCUACCGCCACAGCAUACCCAGCAGUGGUGCGUUCAGGCCAGUCAGAGCACAGAGCGGAGAGUACUUGUACUGUCCUCCUCAGCGGUGGCUUAAUAACCUACAUCACGGAGCACCUGUAAUGCUUUACCAUCCGUGCGCAGCUUUCAGCGAGCGUCCACUUUUGUCAACUCUGGCCCGCUCGUGUCUCCGCAACUACAUCAUCACCCCUCACCCGGAGCUCAACAAAUCCAUGCCAGUGGCUUUGGUAUCUUGGGGGAGAACAUUGGAGCUUUCCACUGCAGCCUCUUCAGAUGCUUGUGAUUGGCUGCAGAGCAUGAUGACCUCAAGCAAUUGGAAAACUGGCAAGUACAACUUCCUGUUGACACAAGCAGCAGAGCAAGAAGGACAGAAACACACACGUCAAACGGGACACCACAGAGAACCUAAGGAGUCCGUGAGGAAAUGCUGUGAGCAGAUCAUCUCGUUGUGGCUGAAAGGAGCAAUAGAAGUGAAGAAAGGUUCCCUCCUAAAGAGCAGAAAUGGGAAAGGUCUUCAAGGAGAAUCAAGGCAGAAGCAGAAAAGGGCUGCGAUCCCACGUAAACGGGAUGGCUUGAAAGCAAACGGAACUUUUCAGGUGUCUAGUGUUUUGAGUAACCUGAAAAUGAAAACUAUCCCAGAAAACAGCAGCACUGUUGGAGCAAAGACAUCUUCUGCUAAACACAACUCUCCUGUACAUGGACAAACACUGGAAAAUGUCGUAGAGGUGAGAGAACGAGAGUUGUCGCAAGAAGAUGAAAUUAAUUCGUUAAAGGGGCAAGACCACUCUGCACUGCCAAAACACUCCCGCACAGAGCCGGAGAACAAUGCAUCAAACACUGACAAUUGUGGCAGUUGCGCGACAGAACAUCAGUGCGACUGUGUCAAAGAUUCCAAGAGCCGAGCCAAGCUCAUGAGCAGCGGCUUGCCAAGGAUCCCCAGGUCGAAUGAGGCCGUGUGGGCAGCGGCGGCGCUGGGCUUUCUGUUGGUUCUUCUUACGCUGUCUGUCUUGCACACACGCCUGUACCGCCACUGGAGAACCAUGCCUAGUCUUUACUGGCAUGACACACAGCAAGAUUAUGACAGGGUGGCAGACGUUAUCCAAAGAAGGCUACAAAUUGCGAAGAGGAGACGGAAGAGAGGCCGAAGACAAGAGUGUGUUCUCCUGCCCAGCUCCUCAAGCUCCGAUGAAUUCAAAUAGACAAAUGAAGGAAUCACCGUAUUUGAAGACUUACUGAACUCAAGAGGAUGUAUACACUAUAAAGCUUUUUAGAUGUUUUGUUUUUAACAUGCAACUCUGGUAAGCAGACAUAGACUCGGGAGGCCUCAUUACCAAAAGAAACAGCUUGUGAAUGUUGCAGUAAAUAUAAAAUAAUUGGGAUGUCAUUUUUUUAACAGUUAGGGGCUCCAGCCACAGUAAAACAUUUUAAAGGUAGGUUAUACAUUUUUAAACUUUGGCUUUCAAUACAUUUCUGCAAACAUGUACUACAUGGACUCGUCCCUUUUUUCUCAGUACCAAACAUUGAUACUGUAUUUGCAUUUUUCCUCAUUACCAAACAUUGUUUCUGAGUGAUACUGUAUUUGCAUUUUUACCUUUGAAAGUUUAGUCAGUGUAGUUGCACAACACUAAUGGGAAUUCAGUGCAAAUAAAUGGGAAUGAAUCUUGGUGUAA